CUCAGGCAGUCAACCUCUGGCAGUAGACAUGAGUAUACAACAUAUACAAACCAACCGGGGGGUUCUCAACAGUAACAACAUUAACAACAAUAAUUUAGACUUUUUACAAGAUAAGUUUUGUUUGAAAUGGACGAGACACCCGCACAUGAUCGCUGGAGCGCUCUCAGAGCACAACGAGACUAUCCUUGGAAACAUGGAGGAGAAGGAGGAGAAGGAGCAGGGGAGGGAGGCCGUGUUCCAGUCCGAUUGGUCGGCAGAUACCACCAUAUACCUAGAUGAUGGUUCAAGGGUUCGAACUCAUUCUAUUGUUCUAGCCGCUGGGUCAGAGUAUUACAGGUUUAUUGCACAGACUGGAGGAUCUGAUCUGGUUCUGCCUGGAACAGGGCGGGAGGAACUUUUCAUCAUUCUCAACUUUCUCUAUACAGGAGUUACAAGUGUUCAGGCCUCUACACUGUCCUCUGUGUUAGAUCUGGCCAAAUCUUUAGGAAUCACUAGCCUUGUUGCAGCUGUUCAAGAAACCCUUGAAGAACUUGAAGCAAAUUCAAUAGUUCACCGAUCUCCAUCCGUUAAACGAUCUUACUCCAGCGAUCUUGAAUCCCCUAUGGACAUGAGCUUGCCGGUGGAACCCUCACCGCCGCCGAAAAAGAAGAAACUUCCGGUCCCUCUCCUCCAAUCCAUCCUGACCCAGAUUCCAGCUCCGCAACUUCAACCAGAACCUGAGGACGCGGGUAAACUUGAAUCUGAUAUCUGGAGACUGUUUAGUGAAAGAGCUGGUGUUCUUCCUGGACUUGGAAACCAGAAUCAUCAGCUAGCCAACCUACUCUCAGCUGCAGCAAAGCUUAAACAAGUAGCUAACAAAGCAAUGCAAAAUGCGGGAAAUGAACUGAACAGUGACGGAAGUAGAAAGCUAGCCUUCCAUGAACCCCGACCCUGUCCGACCUGUAAACGUAUGUACAGAGACGCGGCAACAUUACGUACACAUACAACCAUCAUGCACUUGCAGGGUACUGAGCCAUUCAAAUGUUCUUGCGGAGUAAAUUUUGAAACUAAAUAUGAAAUGUAUCAACAUAAGAAAUCAGGACAUCCGCCUGUACCUUCCUAAUCCACCAUUCACUCUUCUUAAUCCACCAUUCACUCUUCUUAAUCCGCCAUUAACUCUUCUUGUUUCGCCAUUAUCUUUUCCUUGUCCGCCAUCAGCUCUUCCCUUUUGCCAUUUACCAUCUUUAAACCACCGUUAACUCUUAUUACUAUUCGCCAUAAACUCUUCUUAAUCCGCCAUUAACUCUUCCUAUUCGCCAUAAACUCUUCUUAAUCCGCCAUUAACUCUUCCUAUUCGCCAUAAACUCUUCUUAAUCUGCCAUUAACUUUUCCAUAUCCGAAAUUACUCUUCUUAAUCCGCCAUUAACUUUUCCAUAUCCGAAAUUACUCUUCUAAAUCCGCCAGUAACUUUAAUUUUCUCAAUCUGCCAUAGCUUUUUUUUAAUCCAACAUUAACUCUUCCUAAUCUGGUAUAAAAUCUUUUAAUUUUACACCAAAAAAUGUCUUCGCCAGGUUAUUCCUAGGGAAUAAAAAUGGCACAGUUUCAAUGCAGUAUGAUGUAGUUUUUUGUUUAGUUUUUUUGUUUGAAUGUACACAAAUUAUUGUUUUUAUAAAAUAGUAAAUUUACUGAGCUGUACCUGUUGUAUCAAUCUUAUUGUAAUAAAUUUAAUAAGUAAUUAA